AUGAGAGACAUAUUGCAUUCUUCCCCACCACAUUUGUCUUCAACUUCAAGCUCCGUUACGCGUGUAUUGCCCUCAAACAUUAAUGGGUUUCACCAACAAGCUUUUCUUAACAAUGAAUCCCUUAUUAAUGGGCGCCCUGUAGCUUUUUACCGGAGAGAUAAUGGUAUACAAGAGGUGGAACAACAAGGAGGAGAGGAGGAUCAGUUUUCUGUUUUGGAAGUUUUAGUGAGUGUUUUUAGGAAAUCUUUGGUGGGUUGCCGAAGUACAGAGGCGGAGAGUGGCGCCGUUGAGAGGCUGAUGGAGAUUGGGUGGCCUACAAAUGUCAGACAUGUAGCUCAUGUCAUUUUUGAUAGGUUCAAUGGGUUUCUUGGACUCCCUGUUGAGUUUGAACCUGAAGUCCCUAGAAUACCUCCCAGUGCAAGUACAAGAGUUUUUGGAGUUUCGACAGAGUCUAUGCAGCUUUCUUUCGACUCCAGAGGUAAUUGUAUGCCUACAAUACUUCUUAUGAUGCAAAGACGCUUGUAUCGCCAAGGUGGGCUGCAGGCAGAAGGAAUCUUUAGAAUUAAUGCUGAGAAUGGCCAGGAAGAGUAUGUUAGGGAACAACUAAAUAAUGGAGAGGUGCCUGAUGACAUUGAUGUUCAUUGUUUAGCAGGUCUUAUUAAGGCUUGGUUUAGAGAACUCCCACGAGGGGUGUUGGACCCUCUUUCACCAGAGCAAGUUAUGCAGGCACAAUCAGAAGACGAGUGCACUCAGCUUGCAAGGCUACUCCCACCUACAGAGGCUGCGCUAUUGGACUGGACAAUAAAUUUGAUGGCCGAUGUUGCUCAGUUUGAACAUCUGAACAAAAUGAAUGCACGUAAUAUUGCCAUGGUAUUUGCACCAAACAUGACUCAGAUGUCCGACCCUUUGACAGCAUUAAUGCAUGCAGUCCAAGUAAUGAAUUUUCUGAAGACUCUGAUAGAGAAAACCUUGAGAGAAAGAGAAGAUUAUGUAGUAGAUGUAGCUCCUGUAAAACAAAUUGAGCCAGCUGAUGAAGAUGAUCAUCAUGGGAUCGGGGAACCAAUAACCCGGAAGGCCAUUGAGGUAAGUGAAGAUGACCAAGUUAAUGUAACCAACGAACCACUACCUAAUGAUGCUGAAGACUCUUCCCAGGCAGAAUUUAACAGUACUAGCAAUGAAAUGCCUUCUUGCCUAAGCUCUGUCGAGAAUAUCUUUCCUGAUGGAAAGGAACGUAUGGUUAUGACUUGCCCUAUCAAUAUGACAAAUCAUGUUGACUCGACAAAGGAUAGAGUUGGAGACGGUAACACUUAUGUGAGAAUUAGACAGUCCCAAUCAAAAAGCCGGAGGACUAAAAUGGGACAAUCAAGUAAGAACACAGCCAAAAAGGUUAUUCAGCCAACUGUAGUCCCUGUUUCUGAGAACUCAGAAAAGAGCAAGGAAAUAAGCAUUGUUAGCCUCUUAAAUUCACAAACAGAACGGGUCGAAGAAUGGAGAUCGUAUUUUAGAAUGAAAAUACAUAGCUUUGACAGGAAAUUCUUCCACUCUCCACCUUCGUUGACGCCCAUUCAACUCCCUUCACCGAUGGAGAUCCAUUUGUGGUAUGUUAUACCCAGUGAAGUGAAGAGCGAAGCUUUAUUGAACCAGUAUUUGGAUAUUCUAUCUCCGUGUGAGAAAGAGAAUGUAUUUCAAAUGCGGGGUGAGGAGCCCAGGAAGAGAGCACUACUGGCUCGUGCAUUGGUCCGCACAACCAUUGCCAGAUAUCAGAUAAACUCCCAAGUUAGUCCAAGAUCAUUGAGGUUCAGAAAGAACGUUCAUGGGAAGCCUGAGCUAGAAUGGCAAUUCAGUGAUCACUGGCUUUCACCUCAUUUGCAUUUCAACAUCUCACACACUUCUUCUUUGGUAGCUUGUGGAGUAACCGUCAAUUCUCAAAUUGGCAUUGACGUGGAAGAAAAACACAGAACUAUAAAACACAAUAUCUUGUCCUUUGCUCGACGAUACUUCUCUAAAGAUGAAGUUCAGUUCUUAGCUGAUAUUUUGGACCCUGAAGUUCAACGCCAGGAAUUUGUAAAAUUAUGGACACUCAAGGAGGCAUAUGUCAAAGCACUGGGAAGGGGAUUUUCUGGUGCACCUUUCAAGACAUUUACUAUUCGCUAUAAAGGAGGUAGCUUUAGUCCAUUGGAGAAUUCAAGUUCUGAGGAAAUAGUAGUGGAUUCUUUUUAUGACCCCAUGGAGCUUACAAGUAAUUGGCAGUUUUUGCUCUUAGAGUUGGCCGGUUCUCAUUAUGCAGCCAUUUGCAUGGAAAAUAAUGGUGCCAUUGAAGGCAAAAGAGCUAUUCCGGUGAACUUAACAGUGUGGAAGACGAUUCCAUUUUUAGAAGAUGAAUGUGUUUCUGGAACUGAUGCAGUUAAAAAAAUUAGUGGCUUGAAAUAG